AUGGCAGCUUCUAGUUUCGAACCUCUAGCCCGGGAGUUGGAGUGUGGAGUGUGUUUGGAAUCUCUUCGAGAUCCUAAGAUUCUGGACUGCUCUCAUACAUUCUGCAAACUGUGCAUCGAUAGCUUGGUGGACACUGAAGACAAGAAAAUAAAGUGUCCCAUGUGCAUGGGAACCACGGACAUUCCAUCUGGUGGUGUAGGCGACCUCAAAGCUAACCUUCUUGCACGAAGCAUGGUGGAAGCUAUGUCUUCUAUGAACCCACAGAUGGUAGAGGUUGCCCAAGAAGCUACCGAGGCACCGUGUUCACCAUCCAAGAUCGCCGUUCAAAAACUAGAAGGCGUCUCCAAUACUGAGCCCAGAUUGGAUAUAAAGUGCCUGUACAAAAAGUUGGUAUCUCAGCGAAUAAGGUACGAGCAAACCAUUGGCGUCAUCAGUAUGAGAGAGGAGGACAUUUCUGCAGCGGCUGCCCGGGCCAGGGACGGGGUGAAUUCAACAACAGAGUCCAUCGUCGCUGAGGUCCGUGGAAAACAACAAGGGCUUCUCGAGGUCAUACAAUACGUCUGUAAGAUGAGACGGCAUUUCAUGACGAUGCAAACGGCAUCAUUCAAGGAUGUACUUCAGAAGAUUGAUGUUGCUCCAGAGGAUAUGGAAGAUAUAGAUACCAAAGAUGAUGAGACUGUGAGCGAACUUCGUCAAAAGAUAAAGCUUGCCUUGAGGCUCAUGGACAGAAACCCGCUUCCAAGCGCACAGGUGACGGACGAGUUAAGCUUCUUAAAAUUCAUCGCGGAGAAGACGCCUGCGUACAACAUUCACCUCGGUGACGUAGUGGAGGAAGAAGAAUGGCAGCUGCAGCUCCAGUUCGGCAAAUUCGGACCAGAGGUUGGUCAGUUCAACUGCGCAAGAGGUGUGGCUAUCAGUCCAAGUGGUGAUAUUGCGAUCGCUGAGCAAAGGAACAACCGCACGUGUAUCUUCAACGGGGAGGGCAAACAUGUCCUUACGAUGUCCGGCAAGUCUGCCGGGAAUCCCGAGCGUGGUGACAGGGAUGUAGCUUUUUACUCCGACGGUAGAUGUCUGAUACUCGGCAAGACCAACAACAUUAACGUAUACGAUAAUAAAGGUAGCUAUCUGAACUCCAUCAUGACGCCAGCCACCAACCCAUGGGCUUUAACGGUUGAUGAAAAUAACACUGUCUUCGUCGGUGAUUUGGCAAAGAAAGUCAUAUACGUCUUGAUUAAUGGCUUGGUUGUCAGGCAGAUAAAAGUAGCACAUGCCCCAUUGAGUCUUGCUGUUGACAACAAGGGCAAGAUUCUUGUUUCAAGUGCGGCAUCUAAACGUGUGGAUGUCCUGGACAUUUCAACUGGUGAGACUCUCGUCUCUAUCGAGUCUAAAAGCGUCGAUCCGUCCAACCUUGUUGCCCCGUGGGGACCCUGCUUUGGUCCCGAUGAUUCCAUCUUCAUUCCCUUCUACAAGGCAGAUGUCUUUAACAAAGGAACCGUUCACGAGUUUGGAGCUGACGGGAGGCACUUGGGAUGCGUGGCCAGGGGCCUGCAGACACCUAGAGAUGUGGCGUUUACACGCGACGGGAGACUGGUUGUGGUGGAUGGGACAACUAUCAAACUGUAUCAAUUAAUGUAG